UUAUCGCAAUGUAGUGAAAACAUGACAAACUCGGCAUCAACUGUGUGUAUUUGCAUCCCCUGUAGUCGGAGUCGUACCAGGAUGACAUCUACCCCAUGACGGCGUCGAGCGCGGCCGCCAUGUCGGCCGAGGAGUGGCUUAGCGGCAUUGACAAAGGCCCGGUGCUCCAGUCUCUGAAGCCUGGGAGUCGAGUACCGGACUCCUACCCGGAGCUGAGCUCCGGCCUGGGCAGUAAGGGGCUGGGCAACUCCCUGGGCACUCGGAGGUCCCAGAGCAGACCAGGCCAACUGCAGCUGGCGUACAUCCAGGACCAGCUUGGCAACAAGGAGUGCAGGAGUAAGACGUCUGUCAGCAACGGACAGGACCCCACGCUCUGCUCGCCUCCCAAAACAGAGAACGAGGUAUGGGGCGGUUUCGAUCUGCGUCUGAAGUUCCACAAGCAGCAGGAGGAGAUCCGGCGUCUGCGGGAGAUGCUCAACCAGAGGGACGUACGCAUCAAGCAGCUGGAGCUGGAGAUCAACAACGUGAGGAAUUCCCAGGACUCGCACUGAGAAGAGGCUCCUCUUGCCCCCUCCGUCGUACCAAGCCACCCUCACCUCUCCCUGGAUUACUCUCUGACCACCCCCUCCCCCGCUCUCUCACCCUGGGGGUCUCACUGUAAUUAACACCCCUCGACCCCCACCUUCCUUACCCUAAAGACAAGGGCCCUUCCCAGGGGCCUCGCUGUCUCAUCGCAGAACACUAUCUGUCUCUGUGGAUGGGGCAAAGCCUCACAAGGGUUUCUCAUGUCCCCCAUAUAUGUACAUACACCGAUAGACUCUCAGUCACUCCUCAAUAUGUAUCAUAUUUUAAUGCUACUGCAUCAACAUACAUGUAAGCCGCUUGUCCCUCUCCCUGCUCCUCUCCCCAAAGUCACUUUUCCUUUUUCCUUUUGUACACUUCAGAGCUAUGCAAGUUUGAUGUAUUUUAGUUUUGUUUUUGUGGUAAAAAAAAACAAACAUGUUUAUGCCCUUUUUAUUUGAAAACGAAUGAAAAUAAGAUGUACGUGCCUGUCUUUAAAAGAUGCUGUGGUUGUCUGCUGGUUAUAUUUGAAUGUUGUCCGGAUGGGAGCAGAUGUCACACAUGAUUGUAAGAUACACUGAAUUGAUUUCCUAUGCUUUGUGAUUUUGCAUAUUUAAACAACUGUACAUGGAUGGAUGCUGGUGGAGAUGUCUGCGGUGAUGUCUACAUCUAGAAUGACAGAGUAUAUGUGUGGGUGAGAGAGAGACAGGGGGAAAGAGACGUGCGUCAUUUUGUAUAUAUUGAGUCAAUUUGGGUCUUUUCCAUUUAAAGGUAGACUCAGCGAUAUGACGUAGAUGCAGAAAGUAAACAUAGUGGGUCAAUUUCCACAACAACUAAGGGCGUUGAAGCGCUUGGCGAAACCUCUCCGCUUUAUUUUGUCCCGCUACCGCUGUGUGAACAGCGUGAAGCGAACCCGUGCACAUGCGCAGAUACAGUGUGUGACUGUGUGAGAACGAAGUCUUGCAUCUCACUCGUCACAAUAUCUGCGGUGCUGCUCGUGGCAACGUCAUUUCACUGAGUCCAACUUUAAUGAAGCUGCGUUUUGUUUUAAUGACUGGUAAACUGGUGAAAGAUCAAUCAACUGAAAGAACAAUCGUUUCCCAGCAGCUUUUAAAUACACCAUUUAUUUUUCCCGAAAGCAGCACAGGGAAUCUCACUUGUCGUUUUUAAAAUUGCAUUUAUUUAUUCUGUUUUUUUUAAUUUGUUGACAAAAAAAAAAGGUAGUAUGGAAUGAUGACCAAUUACAGAGGCAUGUUUUCACACCAGUGGUCACAGCCAUGCUUCAGGCACACCAUUGAGUAUGUCUAACACUAUCAGAUAACACACACACCACAUCAUGUAGGGAGUGGGUUGGUAGGGCACACAAAGUUUUACUGUUUGCUGCUGGUCCAUCCGUUUUCAUUGGUCCGAAGCCACUGUGUAAAAGUAGGAAUGAUUGUUUUAAAAAAGGGAUUGAAUGAACCUCAAAAAGCCAUUGUGUAAUAUAUGACUUAACAGGGAACAUGAUAACUGUGUUGUUAAUGUGUAAGUGCUGACCAAAGUGAUUGGGUUGUCUAUUGAAAACAACAGAGGAAACUGUAAAAGGGAAUAUAUGUGUUUGGAGCAGGCUCAUUUGUUCAGGAUAACACUAAGCCUUUGUUUUUGAUAUGAUGUCCAUUGCUUUUGUGAUGCAUUACAGAGGAGGCUGGUUGGAGGAUCUGUAGGAGGACAUGCUCAUUUUAAUGGUUGGAAUGGAAUGAAUGUAACAGAGUCAAACAUGUGUUUGAUAUCAUUCCAUUUGUUCCAUUCCAGCCAUCACAAUGAGCCCAUCCUCCUAUAGCUCCUCCCGCCAGCCUCCUCUGCAAGUACUUACUUGGUGGUUCAUAAUAUUUUGAAAUGGAAAUACUAUGGCAAGAAAUGGGAUUGGAACUGCUCUGUAAUUGUGCAUCAUAAUAUGUUAGUUAGACAAUCAGAGACCCACUGCCCCUGUCCAAAGAAAAGCAAGAGGCCAACGUUUGACUGUAUAUCGAAUAUCGACAUUUUACACAAGCACGGCACACAUAUGCCAAAAUAUAAUUGUGAGCUAUUCAACACUUGUGAGGAGGCAUCUAGAGAAGACAUCCCCUAUUCCCAUAGAGAACCGUGGUCAAAGAGCAGCAUGAGGGCAAGCCAACCAUUGUCACCGCUAGUAUAGAUUUAUUAAUAAAACAUUAACAUGUAACUGCAUAUGCUUGGAUAAUAUUUCACUAAGUGGGCCAGGGCACCUGCAAUGUGUUUGGUUUUAGCCUUAUUUGUCAGCUCAUAAAUGCUAUUGUAUGUAGGCCAAUGUAGCUCAGUCAGAGUAUUGCCAUUUGAAGGGUAAUAUUUCUAAAUGGUACUUGACUGAAUGGAGUCACUACUUAGCUAAUGGCACCUUAGGGAAGACAGUCUCAGAAACAAUCCGGAAAGCGACUGUUAUUGUAAUCCAGAUGGUCAUUGUGGAGUGCAUGUAGUCUAUCUUGUCUAGCUAGCUUGGCAUGUGUACUUUAGCAAUAAGUCUCUCGGUCUUUUGUAGACCUUUUGCAUUUACUGCCAACUACAAUGGCUAGAUAUCUGGCAAUCACAUCCCUGUACUACUACUUUGGUGCUUGGGCCUCUUUAAGCAUUGUAGACUUCACCGACUACUGUAUCCCAUUUUUCUUCAGAAAAGAUACGACCAAAUCACAAAGUCCAUUCCAGGGACUUGAUGGCAUUUUAAAUCCCCAAACUGUCUGUGUGUACCAUUUACAUUUUUACAGAAGCAAUAUUUUAGCAGUAGAAAGAGCAGUAGUUUGAGGGGCAUACACUACGAUCACUAGCAUUAUCUUGCUCAUUGGAAACAAGGACAUAUGUAUAAAUAAGUUGAAAAUAGAGGGUUUCUGCUGGGCAAUAUCAUGACUGAGCCUUACUGUGCCUAAGAAUCAAGCUGCAAUUUUAGUUUUCUUUUGUAUAGGUAUUAUGAUGUCUUUCAGAACGAAUAUUAUUAUUAGUGUUCACACAACUCACAAAUACAGUGAACAAUUUAUGAAAUGAUUCUAAUUUUGUUCCUGUUAUGUUUAAUAUUGUUUUUAUAUAUAUCAAGAACUACAUCAGGUGUAGAGAAUAAAAAAAAUAGGUGAAAACAUUACUUUGGAUAAUUUACGUCUUUUUUCAAGUCUUUUGAUACACAUUUGAAGUCCCGCCCAGUUGACUACUUCAAAAUUGUGAAAGUCCUCAAUGGCAUUUCCCAUGCUAAAACAGGCUUGUGUGCACUAGGACUCCAUCUAUCUCUAUGGUUCAGGUGCAUUAUGACAAAGAGGAAGAGGGAGAUCCAACUACCGGAAAAUCUGACUCCCUCCAGCAGGUGGCAUUUUUUGUUGUUGUUUAGCACACCAAGGAGUUUUUGUAUGGAGGUCAAUGAGAAAAUGUCACAUUUUGUCAAUAAAACAAUGAAUGGCUUA